AUGGAAAUUUCUGACUUCAACACCGACUUCCUCAACGAGUUCAAGGGAAUCCGUGACUACUACACAGAGCUCUUCAUUGGGAAAUUGAGUGAAUUGGUGAAGUGGAGGCCAAAUGGAUCAAUUCUUGAGGUUGGAUGUGGAACAGGUGAUGCAACGUUGAAAUACAUUUGUCCAGAACUUCCAGAAGACUUCUCCAAGUUAGUCUGUACGGAUAUUUCGGAAGAAAUGGUGGAAGAGACUGAAAAGCUCUUUGCGAAAGAACCGAAAAUAUCCAGCAAUGUUCUGGACAUUACCAGAGAUUUACAAGCUUCUGAGAAGAAUCAAUUUGAUCACAUUAUCUCCUUGGAGUGUCUAAUGUGGGUGACGAACCAACAGAAAGCCUUUCAGAACUUGUACGAUUUCCUUAAGCCUGGUGGAAGCUGUUUCCUUAUCUUUGUUCGAAGAACCACAUUCUGUGAGGUAAUCUUUGAGCUCUCAGCAAGGCCCAAAUGGAGGAAAUUCGUUCCGAAAGUCAAGGAAAUGUACCCCUAUCCAUACAGACACGAUCCUAAUCCCGUAAAAACUAUUACGGAAUUAAUGGAGUCAAUUGGAUUUGUUAAUGUUAAAGUUGAAAUGCGUGAGAGCAAAUUCCUGUUUCGGAGCAAGGAAGAAUUUUUGGGAUUUGUUAAAGCUCUUCCUAAUCCGUUGGAUCAGAUGACUCUGGAGGAGCAGGAUGAAUACUUAAAGGAAGCAGCUGACUUGGCUUUCUCAUAUGAGAAUGUAAUUGAUCAAUCGGGCUUUGGUGGAGGAGUUACUGGGACACAACUAAUGGCCUACGGAGAGAAAUAG